AUGGCCGUCAACAGAAACCGAACGAGAGUGCGUCUGUGCUCUCCUGGGCUCACGUUAGCUCUCUUUGGCUGGAAUCUGAUCGGGCCUAACCUGUUGCCUUCCCUGGACCCCGCCGAACUGCACCGCCGGCCUCCUGGGGGAGGUUGCAAAAUAAAAGCACUAAGGGCCAAGACAAAUACGUACAUUAAGACCCCCGUUCGUGGAGAAGAACCCAUCUUUGUUGUCACUGGACGAAAAGAGGAUGUAGCCAUGGCCAAAAGGGAAAUUCUCUCAGCUGCUGAACACUUCUCCAUGAUCAGAGCAUCACGCAACAAAAACGGUCCUGCCCUGGGAGGGUUGCCAUGUACUCCCAACCUACCAGGUCAGACGACAGUCCAAGUCAGGGUGCCUUACCGUGUAGUUGGGCUAGUGGUUGGACCUAAAGGAGCUACAAUCAAAAGAAUUCAGCAGCAGACACACACCUACAUAGUCACUCCCAGCAGGGACAAGGAGCCCGUCUUUGAAGUUACCGGAAUGCCUGAAAACGUUGAUCGCGCCCGGGAGGAAAUUGAGAUGCACAUAGCCAUGCGUACUGGAAACUACAUUGAGCUGAACGAAGAGAAUGAUUUCCAUUACAACGGUACAGAUGUGAGCUUUGAAGGAGGCACUCUGGGAUCUGCUUGGCUUACUUCUAAUCCUGUCCCUCCUAGCCGCACCAGAAUGAUUUCUAAUUACAGAAAUGAUAGCUCCAGCUCCUUGGGAAGUGGCUCCACAGAUUCCUAUUUUGGAAGCAAUAGAUUGGCUGACUUCAGCCCAACAAGUCCCUUCAGCACAGGCAACUUUUGGUUUGGAGAAACGCUCCCUUCAGUGGGCACAGAAGAUCUCGCAGUCGACUCUCCUGCUUAUGACUCCUUACCAACACCUUCCCAAACCAUUUGGACCCCUUUUGAACCUGUAAACCCGCUCUCUGGCUUUGGCGGCGACCCUACUAGUAAUAUCAAGCCUCAGCGAAGAGGGAGUCAACCAUCUACUCCUCGUCUGUCACCAACGUUUCCGGAAAGUCUGGAACAUCCGCUUGCUAGGAGAGUAAGAAGUGACCCACCUAGUGCAGGCAACCAAGCUGGCCUUCCAAUAUACAUCCCUGCUUUUUCUAAUGGUACCAACAGCUAUUCCUCUUCCAAUGGUGGCUCCACCUCCAGUUCGCCUCCCGAGUCGCGACGAAAGCACGACUGCGUGAUCUGCUUCGAGAACGAAGUCAUUGCGGCCCUAGUCCCGUGUGGUCACAAUCUCUUCUGCAUGGAAUGUGCCAACAAAAUCUGUGAAAAAGAAACGCCAUCAUGUCCCGUUUGCCAGACAGCUGUUACUCAGGCAAUCCAAAUUCACUCUUAAAUAUAUAUAGAUAUUAUUAUAUAUGGACUUUUAAAACUCUUAAAGGCAUGGGUGUAAUGGUACCCUCUAGUAAACUUCCUAAUGAAUUCUGACUGUUGGGCUUUCUUGGGAUUAGGCUAAAGUUGUUAAUAAAUUUAUACUUUCUAAAAGGCUGCUAUGGUAACACUAAACCUAGGUGGUCUCUGUCCAGUUCAGUUUAAACAGAUGGCAUGUUUAGCAGAGAUGCAUCUGGUAGAAUGUUAUGGCACAGUAAGGGGAAAUCUUGAUCAAUUACAAAACCGAAAAACAAACUUUACAGGCUUUCUAAAUGAUCUGUGUUGAGUGCUUUGCUUCUGUGCGCUGGCAGCGGUGAACCUCGUAGCCAGAACACAGAAGUAUGUGUCUGCUGUGGAGGGUUUGUGGCAUUAUCAGUAUAUCAAACAACACUUCCAAUGCUGCCUUCUUUACACUGCCAGUUUUGAAAAACAGGUUUGGGGAAUUUUUUUUUUCUUUAUGCAACAACUUAUGCCUAAUUCUUCAGCAUUGCAGAUACUUUUUUUUUUUUUAAAGCAUAAUUUGAUUUAUUGAAAUGGAUAAAGUUAUUGGCGGGUUCAGAUAAAUUACUGUUAAGGUGGGGGGGGGGAGAGAAGAUGCCCAGUGGACCUCCGUUUCACCCAACGUGUUAACAGUAGUAUGUUCAGAGGAUCAGGAACGUAUUGGUCUCAAUUGUGAAUUCCUACCCACUGCUUUUCUUAAUGUAAUGUGGAAAAGUCUGGCUGGCUUAAUCCCAUUUCAGUAAGGGCUUUGGGAUGCACAUACUUCGACUAAUAGUGAGGAUGCUGACAUUCCGUUCAUUAGUCCGAUCAAGCUGUUCUUAAAUUACCUUUUAGAGAAUAUAUAGUUCAAAAUGUGAAGCAUUUUUAUGUUCAAUCCAUAUUUGUCUUGCACAUAUAUAAAUAUAUAUUUUAUUUUUAGUAAUGGAAAGGAAAAAGGGGAGAUGGGUGCGUGCCCUUGUAUAAUUCAUGACAGCAGCUGUGACAGUGGCCCUGCAAUCAGCUUACUUCAUUUCAAAACUGUCUUUCCAAUCAUAAGGAAACAUGUCUUUUGAAUGCGCUUCUUGCAUUUCAACCUGUGGAUGUUUCUAGCUUUUUCAUCCUCAGUACGUUCCCGAAUCUGUGCUGGCAUAUAUUAAAACAACAGAAAACAAAAGACACAAAGUGAAGUUCUAGUGGAUUUUUCUAUUUCUUUUUUUUCCGAAGCAUUAUUUUCCCAAGACGAGACAAAGCUUUUUUCUCAGUAUAACAAAAUGAAAUUAUAUGUGUAUUGAACUAGUAAAUAUACAGAAAUUUUAUUUUUUAUUUCCACUUGAAGAGUUACAUUUCGUAUAAAAGUUUACAAAUAACGGUUUUUAUUUUAUGAUUUUCAGUAUAAGAGUUGCCUUGAUGGCAUAUUAUGUAAUGCAUAACUUUAAUGCUAAUUGCUUGUAGACUAGUUACAUGUCAGUAUUGGAACCUAAUCUUUAGCUGCAGUCUUGUAGAUAUGAACAGACGUUCACCAAGCAUGUAUUUUGUAUUUUAUUGCAUUGUACACUGCAACUAAUAAGCCAAGGAAUCGACAGACAUUAGGUGCGUGUACCAUUUCUAUAAACCACAAACUAAGAAUGAUAAACUAUCAAUAUAGUUUAGUAUUUGCUAAUUUUACUACACUUUUUGUUAUGUAUAUGUAGGGAGGUCAUAGGGAUUAUAAAUUCAAUUUGAGUAAAGUUUAAAAACCAUAUAUUUUAUGAUAAAGGGCCUUUAACUUAUGAUGGCCAAAGCACUGAUAUUAUAUAUUUGCUGUAAAGAGAAUUAUAAGAGUUUUAUUUUUCUGAUAUUAAAAGUUACUUAAUAAAGACUUGUUUCCAUUAACUUGAAUGUUUUGCUGUCUUCAUGGUUGUCAAUUCAAGCAGCCUUUGUGGAAAAACUCGGGUCGUUUGACGUAGCUCCUUCUUACUUCCCGACGAACCGGCUUCCCGUUAUUUACUACAGUGUGGACGCGACCUUGCCGUGGCUAAACGACUUCGAGUGAGGAAUCGCCUCUUCUGUUACCUGUUACGUGUAGUCUUUAAAAAGCAGCCGUGGGCUUGCCGAGUUCACCGCUAUGGUUAUGCGGUAACGGUCAAGAACAAACAUCCAGGGAACGUAACGUCAGAGUUGCUUUGAUGCUGGUAAGAUAAACUCCGUUCGCUCGUAUCUGCCAGUGUCUCGAGCAGAUAAUCACAAAAUUACCUGCCUCUGAUUUCAGGUUGCAGGUAGCUUUUGUCCUGUUUUCUCCCAAGCUAAUGGAAGUUUGUAACGUGUGCGUGGUGCAGGAUGCUGAAAGGCCUUUGCUUGACGCCUGUCCCCGGCUCUUUGCCGUGAGCCGCAUCUUCUCGCUUUUCCUCUUUCGACUCGGGUUUAUGCCUUUGGGAGGAGCCCUGGUGCCAUCUCCCUGGCUUGGCUGCUUCGCCGGUGCUUUUGGGCUAUGCCUGACUGCUUGGGUCUUUCACCCGUGUGCGUUCUUGUACCCCGCUGGAGCGAUCUUCCCUGCUCCUUGCAAAGAGGGACGUGAGCAGCCCCCCUUUAGGAAGGGAGGAGGUUCGCAGCAAAGUGGAGCACCUGACCUGUAGA